AUGAAGGGAAAGGACGACAACAUCGUCUGCAACGGAGACCAGGGCCAGAUCCUUCGCAAGGCCACCAAGACCAUGGGCAAACAGGCCAAGGCAAUGAAGGCCGCGAGAAAGAAGGCUGCUGGUGCGGAGGCCGAGGUCAAGAUUUUUUAUAUGCAUCAUGGAAAAGAGCAAAAUAUGGACAGCAACGCUAGCAACAACGGCCUGGUCAAGGAGGGGAUCGAGGCCACGAACGCGAAGAGCAAGAGAAUUGGUGGCAGAAAAACUACUACCAGGGCCAAGAAGGCUGCUGCUAGGAACAAGAAAGACGGCAAAGAAUAA